AUGGGCGGGGAGGGGGGUCCCCGGAGCUACCCCGCCGGCUUCGUGUACAUCUUCCUGGGGCUCUACCAUGCCACGGGCCGCGGCUCCGACAUCCGCCUGGCUCAGUACCUCUUCGCCGGCCUCUACCUCCUCAACCUGCUCCUCGUCUUCCGCAUCUACUGCCGGACCAACAAGGUCCCUCCGUACGUUUUCUUCUUCAUGUGCUGCGCCUCAUACCGCAUCCACUCCAUCUUUGUGCUGCGGCUCUUCAAUGAUCCUGUGGCCAUGGCCAUCCUCUUCCUCGCCAUCAACCUCUUCCUGGAGGAGCGCUGGUCCUGGGGCUGCCUCCUCUUCAGCCUGGCUGUGUCCGUGAAGAUGAACAUCCUGCUCUUCGCCCCUGGGCUCCUCUUUCUCCUCCUGCAACGGUUUGGUCUCCUGGGCUGUAUCCCCAAGCUCUGCAUCUGUGCCCUGCUCCAGGUGGUUCUGGGCCUGCCCUUCCUGCUGGUGAACCCCGUGGGGUACCUGACCCGCUCCUUUGACCUGGGCCGCCAGUUCCAGUUUAAAUGGACGGUGAACUGGCGCUUCCUCCCAGAAGAGGUUUUCCAGAAUCGAGUCUUCCAUGCUGCUCUGCUCCUGGCUCACCUGGCAGGCCUGGGGCUCUUUGCACUGCACCGGUGGCACAGUUCCAAAGAGAACAUCCUGACUCUGUUGAAGGAUCCUGCCAAAAGGAAACCUGCAUCCCCUCGCUUGACUGUCAACAGGAUUGUCUUCAUCCUCUUCUCCUCCAACUUCCUGGGUGUCUGCUGCAGCCGCUCCCUGCACUACCAGUUCUACGUCUGGUAUUUCCACACUCUGCCCUACUUACUCUGGUGCACCCCGACCACCAAGCUGGCCCACAUGCCCAAGGUGCUGCUGCUGGGCGUGAUCGAGCUCUGCUGGAACACCUACCCCUCCACAGUGUGCAGCUCCCUCUCCCUGCACAUCUGCCAUGGACUCAUCCUGCUCCAGCUCUGGUACGGCACAGCCCCCACGCCGGUGUCACACACCCCUCCAACAAGCAGGAAACCCACAGCCACGUCCAAGAAAGCCCAGUGAGAGUGGGGAUGGCUGGCCAGUGGGAACUGGCCUCUGGAACUGCCCCAUCUGCCUGCUCUUUUCCCACUUGACUCCCAGGCUGCCCACAGCAAUCCCAAGAGGGCCAUGAGCCUUGGAACUGCGCAAAGGGGGCAGGUGUGGGGUCCCCCAAAAGGCAGGACUUCCCAAAUAAAGGGGGCUUUGUGUGCCCUUCCCCAAAACCCUUGUCC